AUGGCAUUUUCGUUAACACCGUACUCUCCGAUAUUGUCGACGUACCGCACGGACCCCUAUUAUUCCUCUGUGCCAUCACCUCUCACAAGCGAUUCCUCCAAUCAUCCCGCGUCAAAGAACGCGCCAGCCAUCUGCGCGACCCAGCUGCCUCUCGCCUGUUUCACUCCGAGCGCAGCCUCCCAUUUCACGGGACUGGGCGUAGAUUUUUGCCAAAGCCACCCAGGAUUGACCUGGCAGGUCAGCACUCGCCAGAGCAUCCGCAGCGACACCGCGUCCACUUCUGUUUCGCACCUUUCGACCGGAUACCCAAGAAGAGUGCCUUCAACCAUGCUUCCAUCUACCUGUUCCCAUCCCUCGUCAGCCGUCACUGUUGGCCGGCCUCCCAAGCUCACCGAUACCGCCGCCUUCGCCGUCGCUCAAAGCAACGCAGCAGCGGCAGCUACCCAAGCUGCUCAUUCAGCAGGUCUUCUCCUCGGGCGCUCGCAGGCUCGAGCCGCAGGCAUCCCCACCAGCCCCGCGAACGGUCACCAACGAGCGAACCACGGCAUGGGGACGCACCGUAGUGCCGGGAUAUGCGGUGGUGUCUCGACUGCCGGUACACCAUCGUUGUCUCCGUCUGCUUCUGGUACGCGGGCGAACGCUCCGCCGUCGCUUUCCUCCUUGCUGCUCGCUUCGCCUGUCUCUCCGUUCUCCGCCUCCCUGCCGGCGUCGCCUUGCUCGCAGCCGCCUGUGAGACGUUCCUACAUGCCGUCGUUUUCGCCGUCCCUUGGCAACCCCUCCGUAGGCAAGUCGCCGACGUCAGGCUCGACAACGACCCGGCUGACUCCCACACAUCAGAAGCACUCGCAGUUUCCGUCAGCCCCUGUGUCGGCUCGACAGGUCAAUGUGUCUGGGGGAGCUGGAGGCGCUGUGAAGACGCCGAUGGCGAAUCAGUCGCCCCCGAAGGAGCUCAAUGCUGCAGCGCGGCCAGGCGAAUCGCAGGCAGUCCACAGCAAGGCAUCUGCGCGGGUCAGCCAGCAGGCAGGAACCAAGGCUCCGACUUUGUUGACUAGUGCGUCAGCCAGCAGCAGAAAGAGCGACACGAGGCACACAGACUUGAACGCUCAGAAGAGGGACGGCUUGGCUUCGUCAUGGUUCCAGACAGUCUGCGAAAGUGCGGCGGUCGAUGAAGAGAAAGUCCGCCGCUGCUGCUGCAACGCGCCCAUUCAGCCUAGCGUUCUGCAGAAACACCCUGCUGAGCUAGAAGGCCGUGUCAUCUACAGCAAUACCGAUGCCAUUAUCCGGGGUGUUGAGGAUGCAACGCGAGCUGGCGUGCUGUCCCAGCUGCUCAAGCACUCCACCAGCCCCGACUGGGAUGCGUCGCCGUCGCUCGCAGUUGAGACUCUGCAGCUCGACAAGCUCCUGCAAAGUGCGAUCUACGGGGCGGUCUUUAGAGCCAACUUGCAUCGAAGCCAGGCGAAGCCGCGACCUGAUAAGCGCGCAUGUGGUCGCGACGGAAACGCUGAGGUUGAAGAGAAGAACGGUGAUAAUAUCCGGAUCGAGACAGUCUCUGAGAUGGUUGCCGUGAAGGUCCUCUCGCUGGAGCUGCAACUCAACGCCUCGCCCUCACUUCAAGAAGAUUUCUUAUCGGAGCUAAAGUUCUUCCCCUACAUGAGGAACCACCCAAAUAUGCUGACGCCCUACCGCGUGUACGUGGACGCCGAGCAACAGCUUCUGUUCCUCGUUUUCCCCUUUGCCGAGUACGAAGACCUUUUUGAGGUGCUCAAGAAAAGGAAGCAGCCGUUCACAGAGGAGGAAGUCCGCUGGCUAUGCAGACAGCUGUUUGAUGCUGUGCUUGAAUUGCACCGAAGGGGAAUCGGCAUGCGAGACCUGUCUCUGGAGAACGUGCUGAUCUUCCGCUGCCCACGAACUGGACUCAUCAUUCCAAAGCUGACAGAUCCUGGUCAAGCUGUCGUUGCGUGCCCUGAAGCUGCUGCCCGAGCGAGGGCAUCCGCCCACCCUCGGACUUCUGCGCGUGGUUCUUCCUGCCCCGAUCCUGGCCCUGUCCUUCUUCCGCCUGACAAGAUUUUUGGGAAGAGCUUCCGCCCUCCCGAGGUGUAUAGGCAGUGCAGGUACGACCCGUACAAGGUAGACAGCUUUUGUUUGGGAUGGAUGGUGUACUACCUCUUGACAAAGCACCAACUCUUUCAGCGGGCAGUCCCCAGCGAUGAAAACUGGCGACUGCUUGCAAGCAAAGAUGCAUCGGACCUCUUGGAGCUAUUGGGAAAGAAAAAUGGAGCUGUUCUCUCGGUCGACGGUCUCGACUUCACCGUUCAGUUGCUCGAAGAGGAUCCCGCACGACGACUCUCAGUCCGCCAAGCCUUGCGUCACCCGUUCAUGACAGCGAAGGCAGUGACUCCGGUGUAUGCUGACAGGAUUUUCCCCAACGAUCCUCUGUCGCAGCAGCAACAUCUCCUGAAGCAGCAGCACAGUCGCCAGCUUCUUUUCGAAAAGCAGCAACGCCUGCAUCGGCGCCUGACUCAUCAGCGGCGUCUUCAGUUUAUGCAGCAAGAGCAACAACGACAGCAGCAGCGGGAAGCUCUGCAAACGCGUUGCCAGGAGAAGAAUAAAAUCUCUCCCACUGAAGAAGUUUCUGCUCCCGUGGCAAAACGCCUCACAUGUUCCAACGUUCCCUCUUUGACGCUGAAGCCGUCUAUGGUCAAGCAAGAGCAGCGGGUGCGGCUAACGCCACGGCGGCAGGUGCCUGUCAAUGGAACUUCAGUGGACAGCGCAUCCCUUUGCUCAGAUGCGGUUCAGAGAGCGUCCACAGCUAGAACUCAGACAAGCGACCACGGAGUGCCUCAUGCUUCGCAUGACGAGCUACGGGUGGCUGCCAGUCCUGACCAGCGAACUGGUAUCACAAACAAGGCCCCUUGCCCGUCGGCGGCCUCCAACGCGGGGAAUCUAGAAAGUGGAAACCGUGCUCUCGUCAGCGAGGAAUCAGCACUGCUCGUUAGCAAGCACGCAAAGGACAGUGCGGCGUCACGCCAGGCUGCAUCGGAGACCGGAGCAUCAACUGCUCGGGUAGUCAAAGCAGGCGACGCGCCUGCGCGGGCAAGCGUGUCGCAGGAGGCACCGAAACGGGAGGCAAUCCCUGCAGGCGAGGGGGCGUCUGAUGCCUGGAUGCUGCGUCACCACGCAAGUGCUACUCUGGCAGUUUUGUCUGCUGCAUCUACAUCCUCUGGAGGAGCGGCGACUACUCCGGGAUCUGUGAUGGUCGAUGUCGUCAGCAAGUCCAGCAAUGCACGAGCAAAUGGGAAACGCAGCAAAUCGCUCGACGUGGGCAAGGGUCGCGGCCCAAGCAGCCGCAGCACAGAUACCGGUACAAGCGAAGAGGCAUCUUGCUGCGGGAGCGACACCGACUCCUCGUACACACGGGGCUCACGGAAGGAUGGACCAACUAGUGAACUGUUGGGGAGGCUGGGAAAGGAACAUGGAUUGGCUGACGCAAAAACGAAGGUGUCAGGGCUUGUAUCGCCCCGGCCGCUGGACUCCUCGCUUUCGAGCACCAGGGCACGGAGACCGUCAAGUCAUUCUGGAAGCCCCCAAAAGAGCACCCGACAUGAAGAAUGCCUCACCGGUAGGACUAUCGUAUGCACACGCGGUUCUCUAGCAAUUGCUGCAACUGCUGUCGCAUCUCUAUUACCCUCGGCAGGAAGCCGUAAGGCGGGACAGAGCACUCCGCGGGAACCGGGACAAUCCCGAGAGGAGAAUCGCCGGCCUUGCACAGGAGUUGUGGGAAUGGAGGGCCACGCAGGAAAAAACUCCCAAAGUAACAUCAGGGAGGGGUUUUCGCCCGCACAGCCCACAGUGAAAAGCCACUCGAAAGCUUACGUGACACCGAUGCCGUCGAUUAGUGUUGGAGAGUCCUCUGGAGCGGAGUCUGCGGGAAGCGAAACCAGGAAAGUCAUUGCAACAAGACGUUCCAGUAGACAAUCUGUGGCGGCGAUGAUCGAGAAGUUCCAGCAGAUGACUAGCAGGUCUAUAGCCCCUGCGGAUCGACCUAGUUCGAAGGGUGUGUCAGUGGCCAGCCGGCUCUUCCGCCGGAUGUCUUCCCCCCGAGUUUCUUUGUCACCUUCCGACAUGUCAUUCAAAUCUUCGGAGUAG